AUGGUAUAUACUUACUACUUAGUACCCUUAUACCUAACUACUCCUAAUACUAUUGGUAUGUUGACUGGUAAUAUGAAUAGUACUACUACUAACAAAGCAAUAACUAGUUAUAAUAUUAGUGCUACUGGUCAUACUAUUACAUAUGGUCCUGCUAAUGCCUGUAAUAAGACUGCUUCUGCUAGUGGUGAUGCCAGUAUUGACAAUGCUAAUGAUACUGGUCCUACUCUUAAUAUUACUGGUAUGCAGCCUAAUCCUGAUGCUGCUCUUGAUACUACUGGUGGUCCUGUUGAUUGCACUGUUAAGGUGGAGGAUAAGAAACUUACUAUUAACUAUGGUGAUGAUAAGUGUAUUGAAAUAACUCUUACUAGUGCUAAUACUAUUAAAAAAGAAGCUACUACUGUUCCUUAUGGUCAUAUAUUUACUGGAAUUGACAUUGGUGUAGCUAUCAUAAUAUCCCUUGUAGCAGCUAUAGUAUGGACAUGGGCUUAUGGUAUCUGCCAAGAUGUUGCAACUGAAUGUGAUAUUACUAAUGUGGAUAUUAGUAAGAAAAAGCUUACUAUUAAAUAUAAGGAUGCUAAUAAUGCUAAGGUUGAGAAUGCUGGUUAUCAGGAUCCUCCUAGUGGUCCUCCUUAUAAGUAUACUGCUACUGAUCCUAAAACUAAAAUCACUUAUACUUUUACACUCAUUGAUAAGAUUGAAAUGGUACUUCUCAUUGCUACCAUAUUUCCACCAGUGAUUGUGGCCAUCCUAAGGAGAACUAGCAGUUUUAAACAUCCUCAAUCACCAGCAUGUGAAUGGUCUGCAGAAGAUGGCGCUAACUUUGGUCAAGGCUCCGCUACUGAUGUUGAUCCUAUGUGUCAAAUUACUGAUGUGAAAACUAGUCAGAAUAAGCUUAAGAUAAAAUAUAAGGGUGCUCAGGAUGAGAAGGUUAAGGUUAAGGAAGCUACUUAUACGGAGAAGCAAAUUGGUUCUACUGCUAAUUAUAAGUAUACUGUUAAGGAUCAUAAAACUAAAAUCACAUACACUUUCACGCUCAAUGAACAGCUUGCUGAUGGUACUACUAAAGAAGCUGCUGUUUUGAUACCAUUCUAUCUGGUUGAUAAGAUUGAAAUGGUGCUCUUAAUAGCAACAUUUUUUCCACCAAUCAUCGUUGCCACUCUACAAAAAGUCAAACCUGAGUAUUCUCCUAAGACCAAAUUCGCAGGUGAUGGAAUGGGUGGCUGGAAAUCAUACAGUGCGUUCGGUACUCCUUAUGAUGCUUCCUUUUAUCAUGCUUUUGAUAUCCUUAUAGUAAUAAAGAUUUCUCUUGCUGCAAUAUUCAUAUACUCACUUCAUUAUAGAGAAUCACAUAUAGUGGUCCUUUUGAGGGUAAAAUUACUUAUACUACUACUAAGGAUAUCAAUAAAAUCAUCGGUUACUAUUACAACUGGUACUGUUGAUGGUGACUGUACUGAUGCUCCUCAGGAGUUUAAGACUGCUCCUACUGCUACUCUUAAUCUUGCUGAUGCCACUGCCACUAUUACUACUAAGGAUGGUAAAGCUACUCUUGAGAUUGGUAUUAAUAUUACUAAAAUUGAUGCUAAUAAGGCUGUUCUUGAUGCUCUUGCUCAUCUCGCUAGUCCUUUUAGUCCUUGUAAAGUUGAGGUUACGAAUAAUACACUUACUAUCACUAUUAAAUAUAAGAAGGAUGAUAAGUGUAAUAAAACUGUAAUAACUCUUACUGCUGAUGCUCUUAAGACUCUUGGUCUUAAGAAUAGUACUGUUUAUAAUGCUACUGUUGAGGUGGCUCCUCCUCCUAAUCAUCUUACUAUCAAAUAUAAGGAUGGCUCUGUGGAAAAGACAGCUGCUGUUGAUAUUACUGAGUAUAUUGAUAUUGAGGAUAUUUGUCCUGAGGGUAUGACUCCUAAUGGUAUGACUGCUAUUACGGAGGAAAUUGCUCAGAAAAUUAAGAAGGAUCUUAAGCAAACUGCUAAUUACAAAACUAAAUAUUAUCAUGUUAAGCAUCCUACAACUAAUAUCCGUUAUUCUUUUAAACUCCGUGAGGAUCAGGCUACUCAGCUUACUACUGGUAAACCUAUAACUGUUCCGGUUAUUGUUCAGUAUGGUCAUAUAUUCACUGAAGGAUUCUCUGGUACUGCUACGGCCUCUGGUAAUCUUGAUCCUAAUACUAUUACUGGUAUUACUAUUAAAAGUAUCACAAUAACUGACAGUACCGGUAAAAAAACUACUUAUAAUAAGGAUCCCGAGGGUGGUGCUGCUACUGAGGGUACUCCUAGUCUUGCUAUUAAGGUUGGUGGUGGUGAUACUACUGCUACUGCUUAUUUUAAGAAGGCUGAGGCUGCUGCUCCUGGUGAUCCUCCCGGUGCUCCUAAUAGUAUUAUUCUUAAAUAUAAUGAUGGUGGUGAAAAGUGUAUUACUAUUACUGGUAAUGCUAGUACUGCCACUGUUCAUUAUGGUCACGAAUUCUCAGAGAUAUUGAGAGAACUGCCAGUGAUUGUAGCACUUCUUAACAGAGGCAUAUUUGGUGAAGGUACCAAAGAGUAUUCACCCAAAACCAAAUACGUAUGGCAUGGACCCAAUGCAACAAAUAACGGUUUUGGUGGAUGGACACGAUACCUCGACACAGGAGACAACCACGAAGAACCAUCAGAACCAGGAGAAUGCAAAGACCCAAGUAAACACGUUCCUGCUCAUGCCUGGAUAUGGCACUUCUUUAAUAUCCUGGUUCCUAUUAUGAUCAUUCUAGCCUAUGGCUACUAUACUAAUACUCAAAAAACAGCAAUAACUAGUUAUCCUCCUAAUCCUAGUAUAAAAACUAUUAAAUAUGGUGAGUGCCCUAGUCCUGAUAAGGAGGCUACUACUAGUACUACUGCCACUAUUACUGAUCCUACUGAUACUGAGGGUCCUACUCUUACUAUUACUCCUACUACUAUAUACUAA